GAAAGAGAAUAUUUGCUUUACAAGCUUGUACGGGUUGCAUGUUCAUGUCAAUCACACCAAAUUCAGUUCAAUAUUUCAUCAAAUCGACGAAACAAUCCUGUCUUCACCAACAAACCGUGUGACGAAAGUUUAUAACAUUUCACCCAAUGCCAGUAGGAUUGCUCAUUUCCAGCAAGUCCGAGCUUCUCCGCGGUUCUGAGAACCCGCCCCUUUUAAGGCAGAGAAUAUCAGUAGUUGCUAGGUUAGUGCACAGACCAGUGUGGAGGGAGGAACACGGAAGAGGGAUAAAAGCAAUCGGCAGCUCUUUCCAUUGAACCCCCAAGAUCUCCGUCCCUGCUAUUAGCGUUCAGAGCUGCAAAGCAGCCAGUAACAUUAGAAGGCUGGAUUCAGUCGCAGUGCCUCCCCACAUACACUGCGCGAUAAGAAACAAAGGUGACCCAAAGCUUCAAGAAAUAAAUGCAUACAUCUUGUGGAUGCAGAUAACGCCAUGAUACCCAAACAGAUUAAUGCAGAGAUUGAUGUUACGGGAACUGGAAGAAUCUAAGUUUGGUUAUGAAGGUGUAACAAGCAAUUGUCGAUAAAUUGCUUCAAAGGAAUAGUUAAUUUGUAAAUUCUGAAACAGUAUUAACAGUGCCAUUCCAAGGAGAGUUAUUUUUGGAGAACAUAUAUUCAGUCAUGUUUAUUGGGAAGAUUGUCACCUUGAGCCAUUUCAGUUCACAUUUGUUACGUUCACUUCAUUGACUCCUGAAUUUCUCAGACAGUAGUUUUCUUCAAAACUAAUCUUCAUUACCAGUGUCACAGAACCAAGGAGAGUGUUACAAAGUUUGACACUGCCGAAGCAUGUCCAAAACCACAGAGAUUGUCAAUCUCUCAUUCUUAAUGGAUAAUGAAAAGGAAAUGAUCUUGGAGGUUUUACGCCGUGAUGAGCAGUUGCGAAAAGCUGAAGAAAAGAGAAUAAGGAAGUUAAAGAAUGAGCUCAUCAAAAUCCGAGGUUCUUCGAUAAAUCGAAGAAAGCAGCAAAUCAGUGACCGAGUCUGUAAACGAUGUCAGAAGACGCUUGGCCUAAUCUUCUUCAGAGGAGACCUGUGCCAGACAUGCAAUGACCGCGUGUGUACGGAAUGUAGAAUUAUUGCCAAUGAUGGGACCUGGAAGUGCACUGUGUGCGCUAAAGUUGCAGAGCUGAGGGUUGUCACCGGAGAGUGGUUUUUUGAAGCGAGAGCAAAACGAUUUGAACCUGCAUCAGGAAUGGGAUCUGAUCUCAUCAAACAGUCAAUCAUCAGGAAACCUCUCGGAGACAAGACUGACCAACCAAAGGAAAAAACAAAUCAGAAAAAUACAGAUGAAGCUUCAAGGACCUCCACAUUAACCAGAAAUGAGAAAAAGGUGGUUCCUGAAGUAUUCAAACGGAUUAAAAAACAAGGGAAGUCUAAUCAGAAGGUUCAGAACGGUCAGGGAAUCGAUACAGCAUCUGAGGAUGGAAAAAGUAUCAGCUUUGCAGGUUCAGAUUUUGAAAUGGAAAGUAUACCAUCCGCAACGUUGUCUGGCAGCAGAACAUCCACCCCAGUGCUCCAGAUCUCACCAGCAUCCAGCAAACGCAGCAUUGUUUCAGAGAGUAACAAGAGGGCUAAAUCUUCAGAAAGUGUUGACACUCUGUCAAUGAGUAACAGUGUGCCCAAGGACCUGGUCAAAGGAAAAAACAAUAUGCCUAAAAUAGCAAUUUCCAGAUAUUCCAUUUCAUCAGAUCGCAGUAGAUCAGAGUUGGACUUGAGUGGAUCCUAUACAUCCGGCAAUGAAGAUUCCAUUAGCCUCAGGAGUAAAAGUGUACCUGGAGGUCUCAAUGAAGCCAUGGAUUAUCUUGAGGAAGAAGAGGAGGAGGAGGAGGAGGAGGAGGAGGAGGAAGAAGAUAUCGAUGACUUGGUCUCUAUGUAUCGCCCAAGCAGUGGAAGAAGCAGUCUGGGAAGUGGUUUAUCGGUGCAUUGCCAGUCAAGCUCUGACAAGAAGUGGACAUUCCUUAAUGUACCUGAUCACGAUGCAGAAACCACCAGUUUAAAUAGUAUGAUAAGUGUCUACAGUGAAACAGGAGACUAUGGCAAUGUCAAUAUCAGUGGGGAAAUCCUCCUUGCAAUCAACUAUAACUACAAAAGUGGGGCAUUAAAUAUUAUUGUGAAGGAAUGUCGCAAUUUAGCAAUCGGAGAUGAAAAGAAACAAAGGACUGACCCCUAUGUGAAGACUUACCUCCUCCCAGACAAAUCUCGCCAGAGCAAGCGCAAGACUAAGCUCAAAUCAAACACAACAAAUCCAGUUUACAAUGAAACAUUGAAGUACGUCAUUAGUCACUCACAACUGGAGACAAGAACUCUACAGCUGUCAGUCUGGCAUUAUGACAGGUUUGGACGGAACAGUUUCCUGGGUGAAGUGGAGAUACCAUUUGAUUCAUGGGAUUUGGAAAAUAACAUUGAGGAUUGGUUUCCGCUGCAGCCAAAGGUGGAGGCCCCUGUAGAUAAUGUUCUACAGUAUAAAGGAGAAUUGACAGUUUCUUUGCGCUAUGUCCCAUUUGGUCAGACAUUAACUGUUCCAAGAGAACAUGGAAGAGCUAAAAGAAAUUUAAUUCGAGGAAAGAAAGACCCUGCCCAGACAUCUAAUAGUGGAGUACUGCAGGUGCUCAUUAAGGAAGCAAAAAAUUUAACAGCUGUAAAAACAGGAGGCGUUUCAGAUACCUUUGUAAAAGGAUACUUGCUUCCUGACAACAACAAAGCUUCUAAGCACAAAACGCCGAUCGUGAAAAAAAGUGUAAACCCCCAGUGGAACCAUAUCUUCACCUACAGCGGUUUACAACCAAAUGAUCUACAAAAUGUCUCCUUAGAAUUAACGGUCUGGGACAAGGAAUCACUUUCCAGCAACGUUUUCCUAGGUGGCAUCAGACUCGGAUAUGGCAAUGGCCAUAGCUAUGGAAAUGAAGUUGAUUGGAUGGAUUCCCAAGGAGAGGAACAACACAUUUGGCUUCAGAUGAUAGGAAACCCAGGUGUCUUUGUGGAGAGCACAAUAAUGCUGAGAGCCAGCAUGGGAAAGCGCAAAUUUUGAGCCUGAUAGACUGAAAGAAUACAAUGUAAAAUACUACACACUGUCAAACUACUGUAUUUAUCAAGGCUGACAUGGUUGGGAUAAAUCUGUGACUGAAGACAUUUCUUUAUAAAAAUAAACCUGAUUUCACACCUUAGUUUUUGUAAAUAUAAUUUCCUUGGGAUUUUUAAAAAAUAAAGGAAAGCACCUGAUAUCUCAAAUAGUAUUCAUAAAAUAUUUUCUUCUAGUUGUUCAGUUGUGUCUGUCUCUGUAGAAUCAGGAGUUUGUAGAGGUUCACUACUUUAUUGAAAAGUAGCUAAUGAAGUUCUAGUCUCAAAUGCCACCAAUAAUUAAACUUAUCCCUACUUCCUGAUUUCACUGAGUUAGCAAUCUCAAAUGUUGAAAACCUUACCUGUGCAAUAACUCUACCAAGAUCAUAACUUAAGAAAAACAGGAUGCAGAGGAAAUCUUUUCCCAGCAUCUGUAACAAACAUAUUUCUAUUUUAUGGCAGACUUCACUCUUUCCAUAGAUUGGUCAUUUCAAAAACCUUGGUCUUUCUCUGCCACAGACUAUUUCAGGUAGAAAGAGAACAAUGAAGCUUAAGUCAAUCCCAAGAGUAAAUGAGUAAGCCCUACCUGAAUCUUUGUCUGACAUUGCUCCUUGUUUUAAUUACAGUUGUUACAACUUUCUGUGAGCAAGGGUAGUAUACAGUACCUCAGUGAAAAUGAAUUUUUUUAGGGUUAAAAGGAUGAAGUGUUGGUAUUUAAAAAUGGAUAAAAAUCAAACCGUUGAUGAACUGUAUUCCAAUUAAACAAUCUUAAAUGCUAAAACAAUUGAGAAUAAAUAAAACAGCAAAGCAUAAAUUAUUCUCCCAAGAAACCAACAGUUGUUAAUUAUUGUGGAAUGAUGUACUUGCUUCAGAAUCUACAAUGUAAAGCACAUUAUCCAAUUAAAAAAACCAGAAAGUAUGUGGAAACUCUUGGUUUUAGUCAUUGAUCCUUAUCAUUUUGGUAGAAAACUAAAAUGUAUCAAAAAUCAAUGAACUUACAAGUUCUCCUGAACAUUUCCUGAUGCUUUCACAUUCAAAACAAAGAGUCUGGAUUCUCAUCCUGUAAAUAUUCCACUUAAGCCACGCAAUUCUUUUGUGGAAAACUCCGAAGAUUCUAAAGGUGCUACAAGUUAUUCUUUUAUAAGUUAACUCAGCUGUCAUUAGAGCAACCAUUUUGUACUUUAGGAUUUUAGCUCAUUAACAAGAAUAGAAUAGUUUCAGCCACUGUGAAGUUAAAUAUUGUUUUAUAAAAAAAAUGCCGAUCAGUAAGGCGAAGUCUCCAUAGUCUCACUCUCUCAUUUGAGAGAGGUGACAUAGUGGGUUUAAUAUGAGGCUCGCCAUACCUCAGGUGAGGGGCAAAGUCAAGACCUGCAUGGUAAUCUCAGCCAGUGCAGAAAUUGAAGCCACACUAUGGCCUCACUCUGCAUUACAAACUAGCUGUCCAGCCCCAGCAGAGUUAAAUGUCCAUUCAGUCAUGGUUCUUUAUUAUGGCUUUAGUGACUAGAAAUGGGGAUUGGAACUCCAGAAUGGAUGCACUCGAUUAGUGAUAGCACACAAAGUCUUAACACCGAAUAUAUAUGUGGGGAUAUUAUUUUGGCUGAAAUUCUCCAGCCUAUUUCACAACAGUGACAAAGGAAUGAUAUCCACUUAGUUCAAUGUUUGGCCAGGGAACCAUAUUCUAUUGGGAAUCACCAACUUCGGCAGAGAAGGGUAGUGAGAAAAAAAUCUCAAGAUAAAAUAUUCAACAACAGUGAAGAGAUAUCGUGAUAGGUGUCGUAAUAAGAGUUCUCCAGUACUGGUGUGCUGGGAACAAAGUGCAUUCUGAGAAAUAAUUAAGUUCAACGUUAUCCUUUUGUUUGAAUUGUCAAAGUGAAAACCAUUGUAUUACAAAUCAGUGACUGUGUAAUUGUUACCAUUAUGAAUCAAGGAGAAAUGAUUAACUCCAGAAUUAAAUAUUUUUAAACUAAUAUUAUUACUUUAUCUAUUCCUGUAACAGAUUACCCAGCUCUUCUGUUUUAAACUUUGUGAUUUCACAAUAUACAUUUCUAUAGCUUUAAAGACAGCAUUUGUAAAACAAUUCCUUGUGACAUAAAAAUCUUCAUUGAUUCUAA